AUGGUCGAUCCAUUAAAGAUCUUUUGGGUUUUGACAAAUAGCACCUAUUUGGUUACAAAAUUUGUACGCAUUGGUAUCGCCGACAAAAACGACUCACCACCAUAUUUCGAUAGAUUUCUGUACGAGACUGAAAUCGAUGAAAAUGCCGAUUUGCAGACUACAGUGCUCACUGUCAACGCCAAGGAUCACAAUGAGUCGACGAAUAUUCGAUACCAGAUCACAGGCGGUAACAUAGGCAAUGCUUUCGCCGUACAGAAUACGACCGGUGUCAUAUACGUAGCCAAUCCGCUAGACUACGAAACAAGACCAAGGUACGAACUGCGCUUGGAAGCCACACGCAAUCGCAAGAACAAUUACACCACCGUUGUCAUCAACGUACGCGAUGUAAACGAUAAUCCACCGGUUUUCGAUCGUCAAACAUAUCGCACACAAAUCACUGAAGAAGACGAUCGAAAUUUACCAAAACGCAUUUUGCAGGUUACUGCCACCGAUGGCGAUGUAGAUAGACCAAUAAAUAUUGUAUAUUUCCUCACUGGUCAGGGUAUUGACCCCGAUAAUCCAGCAAAUAGUAAAUUUGAUAUAAAUCGCACGACGGGCGAUAUAUUUGUGCUCAAGCCCCUCGACCGAGAUCAGCCGAAUGGUCGGCCACAAUGGCGAUUCACCGUGUUCGCCCAGGACGAGGGCGGAGAGGGACUUGUGGGCUAUGCGGACAUACAAGUUAAUCUCAAAGACAUCAACGACAAUGCGCCGCAGUUUCCGCAGGGCGUCUACUUCGGCAAUGUGACUGAGAACGGCACCACCGGCCUGCCUGUGAUGACAAUGUCUGCCAUUGACUACGACGAUCCCAACGAAAGUACCAAUGCGAAACUAAUCUACUCGAUUGAGAAGAACGUCAUCGAGGAGGAGACGGGCGCGCCCAUAUUUGAAAUAGAGCCAGAGACGGGCGUCAUCAAGACGGCUGUAUGCUGUCUGGACCGUGAACGCACGCCCGACUACUCCAUACAGGUGGUGGCCAUGGAUGGUGGCGGUCUGAAGGGCACCGGCACAGCCUCGAUACGCGUCAAGGACCUCAACGACAUGCCUCCGCAGUUUACGAAGGAUGAGUGGCUCACCGAAGUGGACGAAACGAACGGCACCUACAUACCCGAGACUCCCAUUCUGACAGUGACAGUUCAGGACGAGGACGAAACCAACUCCUUCCAAUACAAAGUGGUACCAAACAGCGGUUUCGGAGCCGACAAGUUCGCCAUGGUGCGCAAUGCAGACGGCACUGGCUCCCUGAAAAUCAUCCAGCCCCUAGACUAUGAGGAUGCCUUGCAGAGCAGUGGCUUCCGCUUUCGCAUACAGGUCAAUGACAAAGGAGAGGAUGGCGCCACAAGCGACAAAUACCACGUGGCUUACUCCUGGGUAGUGGUUAAGCUGCGCGAUAUCAACGAUAACUCGCCGCGCUUCGAUCGCGAGCACAUCGAGGUGUCCAUCUACGAGGACACCAAGGUAGGCACCAUACUCGAGCAGUUUCGCGCCACGGACGCUGACCAGGGUGGUCACUCGCGUGUCACGUACAAGCUCGUGCGCUCCACCAACCGAAAGCGUCAGUUCGCAAUCAGUGAUCGUGGUGCGGUUAGCAUUCAACGACCGCUCGACCGCGAAACGGCGGAUCGACAUCACGUGCAAGUAUUGGCCGUUGAUGAUGGGAAUCCACCGCGCACUGCCACAGCCACUCUAACGGUGGUCGUGAAGGAUGUGAAUGACAAUGCACCGACACUGGCGCAGGACUAUAGACCGACGCUGCCCGAGAAUGUGUCGGCGCGCAAGAUCGUGGAGGUGGCGGCCCAGGAUGCGGAUGAUCGGCAGCGCGGAAAUGGCGGACCCUUCAGCUUUCGACUCGAUCCAUUGGCCAGCGAUGAAAUACGUGCCGGUUUCAAAAUAGAAUACGAUCGACGAGGUGACAACGGCAACGGGGCGGCCAUCAUAUCAUCGCUACGCCCCUUCGACCGCGAGACGAAAAAGUCCUACGAGAUCCCCAUCGAGAUAAAGGACAACGGUGCACCAGCCAUGACGGGCACAAGCACCCUGACGGUGACCAUAGGCGAUGUGAACGACAACAAGAUGCAGCCGGGUAGCAAGUCUGUGCUGGUGUACAACUACCAGGGUCAGUCGCAGGACACGUCCAUUGGUCGUGUUUAUGUUAACGACCCAGACGACUGGGAUGUGCCGGACAAGAAGUACUACUGGGAGGCACAGGAGCAUCAGCGCUUCAGGCUGGACACGGACACGGGCAUUCUGACAAUGCGGGCGGGCACCCGACGCGGUCGCUAUCAGUUGCGCUUCAAGGUUUACGACAGAGAGCAAGGUCAGGUCGAUGUGCCGGCCAAUCUUAGCGUCACGGUGCGCGACAUUACAGCCGAGGCAGUACAGCAGGCGGGUUCCAUGCGGCUUGCACAUAUAAGCGAUGAGGAUUUCGUACGCACCUGGGACUACUCCAGCCAGCUAGUGCGUCCAUCUAAGUUGGAACGUUUUCGCAACAAGCUGGCCGAGCUGCUGUACACGGACCGGGAUAAUGUCGACAUCUUCAGUGUCCAGCUUCGCGCACAGUCACCACAGCUGCUCACGGAUGUGCAUUUUGCUGCCCGGUCUGCCCCACAACAGCCAUAUUUCAAGGCCGUUCGCCUCAACGGGGUGGUGCAAAUGCAUCGCGAAGAGAUUGAACGAGAAGUCGGCCUCAAUAUCACCAUGGUUAAUAUCAACGAGUGUCUCCAAGAAGGUCGUGGUCGCUGUGGAUCCGGUUCGUGCACCUCAAGGGUUGAGCUCGGCAAGCAACCAUAUACGGUGAGCGUCAAUCGCACGGCUCUUGUUGGAGUGCGAUUGGAAAUCAGCGCCCAGUGUGUUUGUCGAGCCCGCAACUUCACGUCCGAACACAGUUGCCGCACCCAUCACUGCUAUAAUGGGGGACGCUGCGUGGAAACCCGUAAUGGACCACGCUGUGUGGCCUGUCCCGUGGGUUAUGGUGGUCCACGAUGCCAGCAAUCAACGCGCAGUUUUCGAGGCAACGGCUGGGCAUGGUAUCCGCCGCUCCAGUUGUGUGCUGAGUCUCACCUGAGCCUUGAGUUUAUAACACGCGAACCCGAUGGCCUGAUACUCUACAACGGACCCAUUGUGCCACCCAAGGUAGACGAGCCUGUAAUAAGUGACUUCAUAGCCAUUGAACUGGAGCAGGGCUAUCCACGCCUGCUCAUUGAUUUCGGCUCCGGUACGCUGGAGUUGCGAGUGAAGACCCGCCAAACACUAAAUGACGGCGUCUGGCAUCGUCUGGACAUAUUUUGGGACGCAGAGAAUGUGCGCAUGGUGGUUGACUUUUGUCGCACAGCGCUCGUCACGGAACUAGAAGAUGGCAGUUCACCGGAAUUCGAUGACAAUGCGUGCCAGGCGCGUGGCCAAAUACCACCCUUUGCGGAAGCAUUGAAUCUAAACCAGCCGCUGCAGCUUGGCGGCUUGUACAGGCAGCAUUUUGAUCAAACUCUCUAUAACUGGCAGUACGCGUUCAGCUCCAAGGGUUUCGAUGGUUGCAUUCGCAAUGUGGUCCACAACUCGGAACACUACGAUCUAGCUUUUCCGGCGCUGGCGCGAAACAGCUUCCCCGCUUGUCCACAGACCGAUGAGGUUUGUCUGAAAACGGAGCACACGACCCGUUGCUGGGAACAUGGGAACUGUGUGGCAAGUCUUGUGCAGGCCAAGUGCCACUGCCAGCCCGGCUGGAUGGGUCCCGGCUGCAAUGUUCCCACCGUACCGACGACCUUCAAGCCGCAAAGUUACGUCAAGUUUGCGCUGAGCUUCGAGCCGGAUCGCUUCAGCACGCAAUUACAGUUGCGUUUCCGUACGCGUGAGCAGCAGGGAGAAUUGUUCCGAGUGAGUGACCAGCACCAGCGUGAAUACGCUAUCCUGGAGCUACGACGUGGUCAACUACAGUUUCGCUAUAAUCUCAACUCGCUGCGGAACGAGGAACAGCGACUGGUGCUCAGUGCCAUCAACGUCAAUGACGGACAAUGGCAUGUGGUGCGAGUGAGUCGCUAUGGAUCGGCAGCCCUCGUUGAGCUAGAUGGCGGUGAGGGGAGACGCUACAAUGAGUCCUUCGGUUACGUGGGCCAUCAGUGGCUCUCAAUAGACAAGCAGGAGGGCGUCUAUGCGGGCGGCAAGGCUGAAUAUACGGGCGUUAAAACGUUUGAGGUGCAGUCGGACUUUCAAAGAAGCUGCCUCGACGACAUCAGACUCGAUGGCAAACAUCUGCCGUUACCGCCAGCCAUGAAUGGCACGCAGUGGGGUCAGGCGACUAUGGCGCGCAACCUGGAACGCAACUGCCCCUCGAAUCGGCCCUGCUCGAACGUUAUUUGCCCAGAUCCGUUCGAUUGUGUCGAUUUGUGGAACGAAUACGAGUGCACUUGCAGCGAGGGACGCAUUAUGUCGGCGGAUACAAAAGGCUGUGUCGAUCGGAACGAGUGCUUGGACAUGCCCUGCCUCAAUGGCGCCACUUGCAUCAACUUGGAGCCGCGGCUGCGUUAUCGUUGCAUCUGCCCAGAAGGAUAUUGGGGCGAGAACUGCGAGCUGGUACAGGAGGGCCAGCGCCUCAAGCUCAGCAUGGGCGCGUUAAGUGCCAUAUUUGUCUGCCUGAUUAUCAUACUGAUUCUUGCAUUGAUUUUUGUGCUUUACAACCGCAAACGCAAGACAACCAAGAAGAAGAAGCGGGCCGGUCCCGAGAAGGAUGUGCGCGAGACUGUCAUUAGCUACGAGGACGAGGGCGGUGGCGAGGACGACAUGACGGCUUUCGACAUAACGCCCCUGCAAAUUCCGAUAAGCGCGCAGGGUGGCUCAAUGCCGCCUGACAUUGCCGCUUGUAAGAUGCCAAUAAUAUAUCCUGUGAUGACUUUGCUGCCGCCCGGCCAGGAGCUGAACGUCGCCUAUCUAAUGGAGGAGCGCAAGCAACGCAUCGACAAGGAUCCGAAUGCACCGCCCUUCGAUGACCUGCGCAACUUUACGUUCGAGGGGAGUGGCAGCAUAGCUGAAUCGCUCAGUUCGUUGGCUUCAGGCACCGAUGAUGAGAAUCAAGACUUUAACUAUUUACAAAAUUGGGGUCCACGUUUCAAUGCGCUUGCCGCGAUGUACGUGCACGAUAAGGCGAAAUCCAAACAGGCAAUGGCUGCCACAUCCUCGCCGACGACGGCAACGGCGACGGCAACGGCGACUACCGACAAUGGUGUGGCCAUUGUGGCAACAGGCAGUGGCGCCGGUCCCGGAGGUGGUAGUAGUGGUGGACGUGGAGGCAUCACAUCGGAAGCCGAGAAUGGUGUAUUAUAAAAUAAUAGUUAAGCUGUAGUUAAAAUGUUUACCAGAAGCCAAGAAGUUGCUUCGGGAUUGUAUUAAGCCAAGUAUUGUACUCGAGAAUGUAUCUAAGUGUGUAGAUGUGUGCGGCCAAGAAGAUUUUAAACUUUCCCACACCGGCCUACAAGCUUCAAGUGUCAGUGUGUCCUUCAAACUUUUCGAGCAAUAUUCGAAUGCAAGUUUUAAACUCGACAUAGAAGUUAACUUUCUACAUUUCUACAUUUCUUUGGCUAUCCUUUAGUGCUGCAACUUUUCAACUGAACCAAGUAAAGAAUCAAAUAAUACACUAAACAAAAUUAGAAAUACAAAAACAUAUUUGUUAAGCCUCCUCAUACUACAAGCAGUUUAUAAAACUUGCCACUUAGUUAAACACCCUGUAUAAAUACACAUACUAUAGUAUAUUAUGGUAUUCACCAGAAGUUUUGAGUUCACCGACAGAGCUGGCGAUAAAGAUAAACCGUUUACAAAAUCAAAUAUACUUGUAAAAUACGAGCAUAUAAAUCGCCACCCCCUUGUCGCCGUCAGGUCCAGGCACGUAUUCGAAAGUUCAGCUGCCUCUGGAGAUUGACACGUGGCGGCUGACGGUGGGGGGAAAGGAGCGUGAAAUUAUGGUGAAAUUUAAUACUAACUGAAAAAUUACUGUGUAAUAUAAUUUUGUAAAUAUUAAAUUCGGUGGUAUAUGUAUUUAGUGUUAAUUGAAAGCAACAUUAACGAGCGCAGCACAACCAACAGAUGGCAAAACAGAAGAACAACAACAUUUAAAUACCUACUAGACUAAUGAACUGCAAUUAAAACUAAAUUUAAUUACAAAUUACCGACGAGAAACGUGAGCAAGAGCGCGCUAUAAAAACAAUUUCAUAUUUCUGCAUUUACUAGCAAAUUGACGUGGCAAAUUAAAAAUGAAAAUAAUGAUUAAAAUAACAACUACGAGUAUGGAUGUAUUAAAUAGCGACAAAAACCAAAAGCGAAACGUUAAUUAAUUUACAUUAGUUAAAGGACAAUUUGUUAGUAGCUAGUACAUAAGCAUAAUUUUUUAAAAAUCAAUAAACCCGAUAAUAAAACUAA